CUGAUUGGUUAACCACUUACACAAGCGCUUGCACAAAGCAACAACAUUGAAGUUGUAUAAGACAAUUUACACAAUGCAUCAGAAUACAGUAACAUCUUCUCAUCGGAGCGCGUCCACAGUUUAGGGAUAGAACACUGCAGUCCUGCUGUAAACUGAUAGAAGGUAAGAUUUAUGUCUUCUUCUCCCAAAUGAAUAAACAGCAACACACACACAGGUCCAUGUUUUUAAAUAAGUGUUCAUCUCAGUAUUACAGUUGUGAUUACCGAAUUGCAUAACUAACAUAAUAUAAUAAUAGUAUAGAAUAGAAUGUUUUACAGGUGCAUUCAAAACUCAUGACGUAAUCUUAUGCAAGAGAUAUUCACUGCACGUAUGUUUUUUUUGUUUCUAUCUAUGACAGUUCACUGCAUAUUUAUAGUAAGUAUUUUCACUUUUGUGCACUGGUACGCACAAUUUUGUAUAAGUAAUUGUCAUAUUAGGCUCUUGUGGACAGGGGUGAAUAAGAAUUUAGCAGUUUGAGGCUAUUGCUGUUGUUGAGUCUAUGAUGUAAUACGGUAAAUGAUGCACAGUAGACUCGUUUUAUUGUUCAGUGUGUUUCCUGCUAUACUGCUCUCACCAACCUAUAUUCUGCAGUAGCCUAUGCUAUGCAUGCAUGCCCUAUGAUUCUAAUGUGGAUAUUAAAAUAUGGUGUUUAAAACCAUGUAUUAACAUAGAGGUUUAAGUUGACAUCUAAACACCCUGUAAAUUGUUUGCAUUUUUAACUAAGCCCAUUUGGUGUCUAUUGCAGGGUUGGAUCAAUUCCAUUUCUAUUCAGAUUGUUGUGAUGAUGCUGCGUUGGUGGGCGGGUCUUCCCCUGCUCCUCCCCCUCCUGGUGCUGUGUGGGCGUGGCUUGGCCCAGAGUUCUGAGCCCAUGUUCCGGUCGGUGACUGAGACAGUCCUGCCUCCUGACAACCAGCACAACCCCACCCAGCUGAACUAUGGGAUGGCCGUUACUGAUGUGGACGGGGACGGAGACCUGGAGGUGGUGGUGGCGGGGUGAGAGAGGGGAGGGGGGAGGUUAGAGAGAGAGAGAAAGAGUUAGAGAGGGAUGGAGAGGAGAGAGGGAGUUAGAGGGAUGGAGAGGAGAGGGCAUUCAAAGGCCAUCAUUGAGUACAGUUUACUGGACCAUAGGACUUUACAGGCUAUGCAUAAAUUACCCAAUGUUCUCAACCUACACCCAUUCUUGGGUACAACGGCCCUAACCUGAUCCUGAAGUUAGGGCUGUGGUCAAAGUAGUGCACUAUCCAGGGAAUAGGGUGCCAUUUAGAACUAUACCUACAGUGGGGGGAAAAAGUAUUUAGUCAGCCACCAAUUGUGCAAGUUCUCCCACUUAAAAAGAUGAGAGAGGCCUGUAAUUUUCAUCAUAGGUACACGUCAACUAUGACAGACAAAAUGAGAAAGAAAAAUCCAGCAAAUCACAUUGUAGGAUUUUUUAUGAAUUUAUUUGCAAAUUAUGGUGGAAAAUAAGUAUUUGGUCAAUAACAAAAGUUUCUCAAUACUUUGUUAUAUACCCUUUGUUGUCAAUGACACAGGUCAAACGUUUUCUGUAAGUCUUCACAAGGUUUUCACACACUGUUGCUGGUAUUUUGGCCCAUUCCUCCAUGCAGAUCUCCUCUAGAGCAGUGAUGUUUUGGGGCUGUCGCUGGGCAACACGGACUUUCAACUCCCUCCAAAGAUUUUCUAUGGGGUUGAGAUCUGGAGACUGGCUAGGCCACUCCAGGACCUUGAAAUGCUUCUUACGAAGCCACUCCUUCAUUGCCCGGGCGGUGUGUUUGGGAUCAUUGUCAUGCUGAAAGACCCAGCCACGUAGUGUGUUACUGAUGGUAGGCUUUGUUACUUUGGUCCCAGCUCUCUGCAGGUCAUUCACUAGGUCCCCCCGUGUGGUUCUGGGAUUUUUGCUCACCGUUCUUGUGAUCAUUUUGACCCCACGGGGUGAGAUCUUGCGUGGAGCCCCAGAUCGAGGGAGAUUAUCAGUGGUCUUGUAUGUCUUCCAUUUCCUAAUAAUUGCUCCCACAGUUGAUUUCUUCAAACCAAGCUGCUUACCUAUUGCAGAUUCAGUCUUCCCAGCCUGGUGCAGGUCUACAAUUUUGUUUCUGGUGUCCUUUGACAGCUCUUUGGUCUUGGCCAUAGUGGAGUUUGGAGUGUGACUGUUUGAGGUUGUGGACAGGUGUCUUUUAUACUGAUAACAAGUUCAAACAGGUGCCAUUAAUACAGGUAACGAGUGGAGGACAGAGGAGCCUCUUAAAGAAGAAGUUACAGGUCUGUGAGAGCCAGAAAUCUUGCUUGUUUGUAGGUGACCAAAUACUUAUCUUCCACCAUAAUUUGCAAAUAAAUUCAUUAAAAAUCCUACAAUGUGAUUUUCUGGAUUUUUUUUCCUCAAUUUGUCUGUCAUAGUUGACGUGUACCUAUGAUGAAAAUUACAGGCCUCUCUCAUCUAUUUAAGUGGGAGAACUUGCACAAUUGGUGGCUGACUAAAUACUUUUUUUCCCCACUGUACUAAUGUUCUCUACUUCCAUUCUCAGGUACAACGGUCCUAACCUGGUCCUGAAGUAUGACCGUGGUCAGCGGAGGCUGGUGAACAUAGCGGUGGACGACCGCAGCUCUCCCUUCUACGCCCUGAGAGACCCCCUGGGGGAACGCCAUCGGGGUGACGGCCUGCGACGUAGAUGGGGACGGGCGGGAGGAGAUCUACUUCCUCAAUACAAACAACGCUUACUCUGGUAAAUAACAAUAAUAACAGCAGGUAAACACAAACAACACCAACAACAAUGCUUAGCCGAGUAAACAACAACAACAACAAUGCUUACUCUGGUAGUCAGUAACAAUCUUCUUUUGGAAGGUCGGGCCACAUACUCUGACAAGCUCUUUAAGUUCCGUAACGGACGCUUCGAGGACCUGCUGGGUGAUGACAUCAACGUGCGCCGAGGAGUAGCCAAUCGGAUGGCAGGACGCUCCGUGGCGUGUGUGGACAGAAAGGUAUGUAAACAAUCAGUCUAUCCAUCUAAUUAUCCAUCAAUCAGUCUAUCCAUCUAAUUAUCCAUCAAUCAGUCUAUCCAUCUAAUUAUUCAUCAAUCAGUCUAUCCAUCUAAUUAUUCAUGAAUCAGUCUAUCCAUUUAAUUAUGAAUCAAUCAGUCUUUCCAUCUAAUUAUUCAUCAAUCCAUCCUCUCACUAUUUUCUCUGUCCAUCUCUGUUUGUCUGUCUGUCGUCUAUCUGUCUGUCCGUCUCUCCCCCCCUCUUUCUCUCUCCUGUAGGGUACAGGGCGUUAUGCUGUGUAUGUAGCUAACUAUGCCAGUGGUAAUGUUGGUCCCCAUGCCCUGAUAGAGAUGGACGAGGCAGCCAGUGACCUGGCCAAAGGCAUCAUCGCCCUGUCUGACGUAGCAGCACAGGCCGGGGUCAACAAGUACACAGGUACUAGACAAGAGUGAAUGGAAUAAGUGUGUGUGGGCUUACCCAUCUCAAACCAAUACCUUCUAUAUCAUUUAUCUGUUUGUCUCCUCCCACCAGGUGGGCGUGGUGUAGUGGUUGGACCAAUCCUGAGCCAGAGCAGCUCUGACGUGUUCUGUGACAACGAGAACGGACCUAACUUCCUGUUCCGGAACAAUGGAGACGGAACCUUCACUGACAUGGCUCAACAGGCAGGUGUGUGUGUCGAGGUUGGGUGUGUGUCGAGGGUGGGUAUAUGUCGAGGGCGGGUGUGUGUGUCUAGGGCGGGUGUGUGUGCCAAGGGUGUUUGUGUGUCUAGGGUGUGUGAGGAAGAAGAGAUAAUUGGGCCAUAGCCAUGAUCUCUGCAUAGUUGUUCUUAUGACAGUGAUGUGGCUCCCCCUGUAGGUGUGGAGGACCGCUACCAACACGGCCGAGGCGUGGCGCUGGCAGACUUUAACGCUGACGGAAAGACUGACAUCGUCUACGGAAACUGGAAUGGCCAGCACAGACUGUACCUACAGGACAACAACCAGAGAUUCAGGGUGAGGGAGGGGAUGGAUGGAGGGAGGGAGGGAGGGAGGGAGGGAGGGAGGGGAUGGAAGGAUUGGGGGAGGGAGGUGGCUGAGGGAGAUAAGGAGGAAUGGGACGUCAUGGAUGGGAUGGAUGGUUGGAGAGGAGUGGGGAUUGAAGGAGGAUGGGAGAGGGAGGGAGGUAGUGGGAUAGAGCAGAGGAAAUGGGCUAAAAGGGAAGUGGAUUAAACCCUUUGUUCCCUCAUUCUCUAUAUCUAAGUAAGAGAUAAUAUAUAUAGAUUAGAUAGAGCUAUCGGUAAAUGCUAGAUAAGAGAUCCGGACUCCCAUAUCUAUGAUUCUCUAUCUAUAUAAUAGAUAGCCUCCCUCUCUAUCUCUCUGUUCUCCUCCCCUCUCCUAAAGCUCUCUCCUCUUCUCUCUCCUCUAUGAUCAUCGUCCGACUUAUCUCGGUGCAUCUCUUCCUCUGCUCUCUCUUUCUCUGUUCUCUAUCUACCUCUCCUCCCUCUCUCUCUCAAUCCCCUCUCUCUCUGUUCCCCCCCUCUCUUCCCGCUCUCUCCUCUUUUCCCUCCCUCACUCUCCUCUCUCUCUCUGUCCCUAACUCCCUCUCUCUCUGUUCAUUCCCCCUCUCUCGUCUCCCUCUCUCUCUCUCCUGUUUCCCUCCUCUCCCUCACUCCGUCAGUUCUCAGAUCGAUCUAGUCCUCUCGCCUCAUCUCGCCUACCUCUACUGUCGAAGUCUCUCUCUCUGUUCAUCUCUCUACUAACGACCUACGUCAUCUCUCGAUCGUCUCCGAUCUCACAUCUCUCUCUCGAUCAUAUCAUCCCAGGUAAGCAGGACAUACCAGGGGGCCAUAUCUCCUGCAUCCCUCUCCUGUGAGGACAGUCAUUGCUGCUGACUUUGACAACGACCAGGAGCUGGACAUCUUCUUCAACAACAUCGCCUACAGAGGACACGCCCCAUCGCCGCUUUGGUACACUCGACCUCAGCCACUUUGACUUAACUUCAAUCAUAACUCGCUGGGUGUGACAGAUCAAUAACUGGUCUUUUGACUUGAACUGUGAGAUAAUAACUGUGGGUGUGAGAUAAUAACUGUGGGUGUGAGAUAAUAACUGUGGGUGUGAGAUAAUAACUGUGGGUGUGAGAUAAUAACUGUGGGUGUGAGAUAAUAACUGUGGGUGUGAGAUAAUAACUGUGGGUGUGAGAUAAUAACUGUGGGUGUGAGAUAAUAACUGUGGGUGUGAGAUAAUAACUGUGGGUGUGAGAUAAUAACUGUGGGUGUGAGAUAAUAAGAAAAAGAGAGAGAGCGAGAGAGAGAGAGAGAAAGAUAGACCGUUUCUGAAAUGUGUUGUCUGCCUGCUCCUCCAGGGUGGCCAGGAGGGCUGGUGCUGACCCCCAGAUAGAGGAGCUAAACGUGGGGGAGGCAGCAGAGCCACAGGGCCGGGGUACAGGUAACCACACCUUGCAGACUCAUUCUUUUGGUCCCUAUACAACAGGGGAGUCAAAAACUAAUUUCCUGGAGGACCGUGUAUCAGCUGGUUUUGUUGUUGCCAUGUCUAAUUAAGACAUUGACAACCAGGUUAGGGGAGAUCCUAACUCGUCAAUGACCUUCAUUUAUCAAUCAAACUAGGAGCGAAAACCUGGAGACACUCGACCCUCCAGGAAUUGAGUUUGACACCCCUGUAAUACAAGAUUAAUAAAGUAUUCUCAAACUAAUGUAUUCUGUUUUUGCUGAGUAUUGGUUAAAAACAGAAGUUACGACACACCCGGUUCAGGUGGUUCCCCUGGUUUACGAGGGCUAAACAGGCCCUGUUUUUGAUUGGCCGUUUGAUGUUUUGACUCUGUGAUUGACAGGUGCCACGGUAACAGACUUUGACGGGGACGGUCAGUUGGACCUGCUGGUGGCUCAUGGGGAGAGUGCCUCUCAGCCCAUCUCUGUCUUCAAGGUCACUCAGGUCAGUCACUACCAUAGAGGUAGAUAGAGGGCACAUCAUUGCAUCUUUGCCAUAAUGGCUUCUGUGACAGCACAGGCAGCGCCAUUGAUGACUACCUCUAUUUUAAAGUAGUCCAUUUUCGUCUUAUUUUGGGUAUAAUUAUUUUUUUUAAACUGUAAAGCUAAUAUUGGUGAUUUACCAUCAGUGCUUGAGUCCUGAUCCUGCUACAACGGGUUCUAUCCAUCCAGACCCCUCUUUCUCUCUAUGUUCACUACCUCAUUACUGCUCCCUGGUGGAGAGUUACUGCAAGCAGAUGAGAUUUCAUUUAGAUAUUUUGAUGCAAGACGAUGAUUACAAAUCAAUAUGUUAACUCCUUGUUUAUUAUCAUAUUUAUAUGGAAGGAAGGAAGGAAGGAAGGAAGGAAGGAAGGAAGGAAGGAAGGAAGGAAGGAAGGAAGGAGGAGAGGAUGUACUCUCAAGUGUUUGAACAGGGCCCAUGAUAUCAUCCGACAUAUUCCUGACCCCAUCACCUUUACCCCCUGAUAUUUGACCCUGACAGGGCUCGUCCAAUCACUGGCUGCGUGUAAUCCCUCGCACGCGGUUCGGCUCCUUUGCCCGUGGGGCCCGAGUCACGGCCUACACAAAUCAGAGCGGGGCUCUCACACGCAUCAUCGACGGAGGCUCGGGGUACCUCUGUGAGAUGGAGCCUGUCGCCCACUUCGGACUGGGUAACUUCCUGUUUGUGUCUGAGAGGAUCUGUAGAGAUCUGAGAGGAUUUGACAGGUGCAGUCAAUAUGAUAAUUGCUUCAAUUUCCCCUCUGGCUAUGAGGUGGAAGUUUUGCCAUAUUGCUUAUACCAAUCAAAUCCUCUCAGAUCUCCACAAGUGCAUGGGGCACAGUGAAGGCUGCAGAGGGAAGGACGGCUCAUAAUAAUAUCUGAAACGGUGCAAAUGGAAUGGCAUCAAAUGUGUUUGAUGUAUUUGAUAACAUUCCACCUAUUCCGCUCCAGCCAUUACCACAAGCCCAUCCUCCCCAAUUAAGGUGCCACCAACCUCCUGUGCAGUAGACAUAUCGUAGACAUAUUAGCUAGGAGUUCUGGAUAGCUUCUGUAUUUAUCUUCCUUUCUUCACAUUGGCUCACAGGCAAGGACGAGGUCACCGUGGUGGAGGUCUAUUGGCCGGAUGGCCGUUCCGUGGCCCGCCCACUGCAGCCUGGUGAUAUGAACUCUGUGAUGGAGAUUGGCUACCCUAAAGAAGGGGAGGAGUCUGUGCUGACCCCUGAUACCCAGGUACGCACCACGGACCUACACCAUGACAUAUGAACUAUGACCCUGGCUAAUGUUUCAGCCAACCCAUGACCAGUGACUACAUUCUUACCCCUUUAUGACAACAGUAGUAUUGUAUUUUCUGUUUUAUUACAUCGUAUGGAUAUUUCUAACCGUUUGACUUCUUUCUCCCAAGACCAUCAAUGAAAUACACGUGUAGUUGUUCACUAGUAGUUAUUCAGUGGUUGAUGAUUCAGCCUUUCUGUUACCAUUCAAAAUGGUGGAGCUGGAUGUGUCUUUGAACUGACGUUCUGGUCUUUUUCAGUGUGGGGAAGGAUUCCUUGUCAAGAAUGGCCGCUGUGCAGGUAUGUAGAUCUCUGUCUUGUCUGGCAGAGAAUAGAUGGAAUAUAACAUAACACUUACAAUAUAGUAAACAUACAGAUUAAUAAAUGAAGUUCUCGCUCUCUCUCUCAUUCUCUCUCCUCUCUGGCCCUCUCUCUAUCUCUCUCGCUCUGUCUGUAUAUCUGUCUCUCUCUUUUCCCCUCCUCUCUCUCUCUCCCUCCCUCCCUCUCUCUGCAGGUAUAUGAGGGCAGUGAAUGAGAUACCUUGAAGCAACAUAAGAAAUAUGCCUUGUCAUCGAGAUAAUGUAUACUGUCAAAGACAGAUGAUACUCCAUAUUGUUUUACUCAUUUGAACCACAGUAGAUUAUCUCUGUUUUUCUUUGAUCUUUCAUAAGUGUCCUCUUCUCUGUGAAACCUUUUGAUUUUUCUACUUUUCUUUGUUUCUCUUGAAAAUACGUUUUUUUUCCCUCUUUUUGCUAAUUUAUUAGAAUUAGUUGAAGAAUAAUCAACCAUCCCAAAUAAAUCAAUAAAAC